AUGCCGACCAGAUUCAUCGUCAACCCCAGCAAAUUACGAUUUGGGUGAGUCCAAUGUGUUUGAAGCUACAAACUGUCCUUUUGGAUUACCUUAUCGGAUUAAUCGCUCAAUGUUUAUUUCGCCGUGCCCAUUGAAAAUUGUGAAAUUUUCAAAAUACACUAGAAAAUUGACGGUGAACACUAUAAAAAAUUUAUAUCAUAAUUUUUUUCUCACCAAAGCUCAAACUAAUGAUGUUUCAAAACAGUGAAAUUAUUGAAAGGGUACUGAGGGAACUCAUAUUAAUUUUUAUUUAAUGAAAAAAACGUUUCGAUUUGAACAGAAAAUUCAGUGUCCAUUUAAUUUAUAUGAGAUUUGAAAUGCUGUCACCACUUUUACCUUCGAAACAUUUUCAGUGCUCUCGGUUGAAUCUAUUCUGGAAUAUUCUCAUUGACUUCGCUUAGAUCAACAACUUCUGUAAAAAGAUUUUAUCAGCGUCUUCUCUCAAUGUCUUCAAUUUGAAAGCAGUUCGACGUGCCUAGGCAGUAUUAGAACAGCGAAUCAAUGAGACGGAGCAAUUCUUUCCAAAUUUCCACGUCGUAAAUUCGGGUGAACCGUUCUCAUAACAUAAAAAACAUUGCAGCGCAUCGCUAAAAGCAGCAUGUGAACUGGCGCCCCCGACGAUUCCGGAGGAGGUGAGCCGAAAUCUUUGAGAAAACAGUUGGGGGUCUGUUUCCAGGACGAGUCCCUCAGAAAGCCUUCCGAAGCCACUUUUCGCAUCCUCGAAAUCGUUUCCAAAGAUUGCGAUGAUUCUGAUGAAGAGAACAUUACUUCAACCGUUUCGACUCCCGUCAACUCUUGCACUCCUAUCGGUUUGUUUUUUUCCAUAGUUCAGCGUCACUCGUUUUGAUAGUACCGGCAGCACAGUUAAAGUUUGCCAGGAUUGACAAACAUGCAGAAAUACCGAAAAAAGGUACUUUGAUUUCCGAUGCAGUCGCAAGUUUUUUACAAGUUGCCGAAACCUCAAUUUUUCUCUUUCUCAGAUUUUUAAUCUUGUAGAUGAAUCACUACAGGGUGAAGGACAACCCAUGUGUUUUUAUAUAAUUUCAGUAACUAUUAAGAAAAAAAAACGACAAAAAAUCAGCAAACUCCAAAAAAACAUGCAAGUCCUUUUCAUUGCCAAGAACAUGAACAAGAGUUUUUCACUUCAAUUUUCAGAUUAAAAACGCUUUCGUUUUAAUUGUGACUCUAUUUUUCAGAAAAAAAUCUUUAUUUUCCUUGUAUUCAAACUCGAAGGGAAUAAACAUUGGUUUUUUUACAUCAUUCAAUGUGAAAAAGCUUAGGUAAAGUUUACAUCAACAUAAAUUCACAUGUCAAACGGGAAACCGUUUUACGGCAAAGUUCUACAAAUCCUUCUAAAAAAAUAUUGUAAAACAUAAUUUAAAACCCAAUCAGUCUUUUUAUGAUGAAAAGCAGAGCUUUCGAGCAAAUUCGGAGUCAUGAUAUUUCCAGUAUAAUGUGAAAGUACUUUUAUUUCCAUUGGAAUACUAUGCGAGGCAGCUAAUUUUCCGACUUUUUCAAAUUGACAACUAAGACGCCUGAACUUUGCUAAGUAUUCUAGACGUAAUCGAAAUUUGAAAGAAUAUGUAGGGGAGUAUUAAGAAAUUUCAAUGCUGAUCUCUCAUAUCCACUGAGGAAAUGUUGUGUGUUCAAUCGAAAAGGAAAAAAACUUUAGGAGCCUAGUUCUGAAGAGAGCGCUUAGAAAAUUAUCUGCAGAGAGCCAGGAAAAAAUCUUCAAAAAAUCUUCAAAAAAACCGGAAACACUUUUUUUUCAAUUUCUGGAUGAAACUCCGAGUCUGGUUAUGAAUAAAAAAACUUUUUCCACCAAAAAAAUUCUUGAAAACAGUAUUUCUGUUUUGGAUUUUUUUAAAGAAUUUAUUUUGUUUGCUUAUGGCUUUUUUUGAAAAAAAUUUAAUUAGUAUUUUAAUGACUACAUAGCGCUAAACUUUUGUCUUGAACUACAAAUAAAACGGACACUGAAGUAAGAGACACAAAUCAGCUAAAAUUCCUUCAAGACUUCACAAACUAGAAAUUGAUCAACAGACUGGAAAAUUUUACAAUCCCUCAAACUGAAAAAAGAAACAGAAAAAAGGGUUUACGCUGAGAAGCUCGCUACUUUCAACGGAAAGGCUCACAAUUCGGGAAAAGAUCACAAGAGUCCCCAUCAUUUUUCGAGGUGUUCUUUAGUUUUUGCCCAAAUCCUCACGUUUAUUUGCACCCACGUAACGCUAAAUAAUCUGGUUAUUUUUGUCUGAAAACCUCAAAAACUUGAAAUGAUGUCAUCACAGUGGUGUUAGUGGAGAAUGGGGAUUUUCGACAAUGCUGAGUAUCGAGUCUUUGAAUGUUUUGUUGACCUACUCUCACGUGUCUCGUCUUGCAUGUAUUAUGAUCCAUCUUGGCUUCAAUCCAGCUUUUUUUCAAACCGAAUGAUUUUACUUCUUAUAUCAAGUCAAAUUAUUGUAAAUUUCUUCGUAUUGGGAUAAAAAUUAAGAGUGAAGGAGUUUUUGUAGCAAGCUUCAUUAUUUUUUCAUCUUAAGUUAGAUGUCCAUAAAAACAAGGAGUUUUCAUGAAUCUUUUGCGGUUAAUGGGUUCGUCAAAAAAGAAAAAAGAAAGUGAAAUAUUCGCCAGAAAUUUUGGAAAGUGAAUGGGAAUUAAGUAUAUUAUACAUUAAUUAGAUAAAAAAACUGAGAAAAAUGAAGCUCAUUGGUAUGCUAUUUUCAUCGUUUACCUUGAAUCAACAGGUGACCAACAAAAAUCAAAACAGCAGCUGUCGAUUUUUUUCUCGCUUAUCAAUCUCAACUCUUGUCGCUGAUUCAAAAAAACGAGCUUCGAACUGAGCUUUGCUCUAUUUUUUUUCAAAGCUGAUAGAAAAGUAAUGAAACUAUGGAGAUAACUAAAAAUCUCCAAGGUAAAGUUACUAUGCCAAAAUAAUUUUCUUGCUAAAUUAACUCAACCCUAAACAUUACUUUGGAAAAAAAAAGUUGCAGUUUUAUCUUACUUUACUGUUUUUCAUUGACCAAUGUUAUGAAUGAAUUAGAAACCAGUUUAUUGAUUAAUUUCUUUUGCCGCCGUCCAUCGAAAUUUUAUCGGCAGACGAGGUUGAAACCACGAAAACAAGUCUUUCAACGACCAUGAUUUUUCAUCCAUUCUGCCAUGCAGCUGUGUAUUGAAAGAUCCUAUAGCCAGUUUUAAUUUUUACCUCAAACUUGGAAAAUUUGCAUCUUAAUGGGCUUGUGGUGAAAAAGUUUUCAUUAAUAGAACAAAUGAGAAACUGAACUUUUUUUUUUCAAAUUACGAGUUUUGCUUUUGCUUAAAAAUUGAUUUUUUUUCAGCAAGCCAUUUACUACCAAUUUGAGCGGACAAAAGUAAUAGUCGACCUUUUCUAGUUCUCUAUCGCCUCUGAUUUUUUGAAAAUUGGAAAAUCUCUUUUGAUUUCUGGCUUCAUUUUUUACCACUCCAGAUUGAUCUCAAUUUUCAAAUAGAAAUAUUUUUCAUCAGAAAAAACCAUUCUUUAGGCUGUUCUUUUAUCCAGUUUCAAUAUUGGAAAUUUUGGAGAAAAAAAUUACAUAAAAAAUGGGAAAAAAACAUUUUAUCUGGAGUCUCUUGUUCUCUUUCUCAUCUUUGCUAUUUUUUGCGCUUUUUUCUUCGGAUGUCACGUUGAAGUACUCAUGUCAAGCAAACUCUUUUCCCAGAGUCAAGCGACCGCCGGGCGAGAAUUUACUUUCUUCGUGUUGGUUUUCGCCUGGCGGCCAUCUGGAUCCCAGUGUAAGUUAAUGGAGUAACUUGCGGCUGCAGCUCAAAACAAAUCACGAGUCCGUUCCGUAUCGCUUGCAAUUUGACUUUGAGCUUUUUCUUAUCGGCUCUCUUAUCUGCCUAGCCGAGAGGAAAAUGUGUUUGUUUCCAGGGGCGCCAUGUUUUCGCCUUCAUUUGCUAUUCACUGAUUGCUUGUUCUUGUUACAGCCGACUCGAGAUUCACCAAAUCGUUCGACCUCCGUCACAUGCGUCGCAACACCGCGCCGACGCCGGCGCCAACAGUGGCGCCAAAGCCAAGUCCUGCCGCCGCUACUCCAGCUCCUUCGCGUUUCAAGGUUUUUUCUUCUUUUCUUUAUCAAAGUACACGGUAGAAUGCUGUAAAACAAUUUGAAAAGUAUGCCGUUGAUUGCAGGAUAUUUUAUAUGAUUUCUUGGAAAAGCGUAACCUUGACAUAAAACCCUAACAAAAGCUUCGGCCUUCUGAUAGAACAUUUAAAGCACGAAAAUAGAAGAAAAAUUCAUUUUUUGAAAGUUUGAAAAUAGAGCGUGUAGCGCAAAGAACUUACGUGCGAUAUUUUUUCCUUUUGGUAGAAGUAAAUUCUCAGUCACCUCUGGUUUUCAAACCAGCAGUAAAUAGUUUUCAACUCAACCAAAAAAUCUACAGCGCUAUGAAAAGACCUAAGCCUCGGUUCAACCGUGAAAUAGUUUUAAAAAUAUUGAAAAAAAUUUCCACUUUAGUGCCGCAAAAAAACAGUAUAAAAAAACCUCUGAAGCUUGGAAAACGUUUUAACCUUUUUUUGCAUUUUCUGCUGAUGAAGUGACGAAAAAUCGUCGAGUAUUUCUCGAGUCAAUAUAAAGUAUGACAAUUUUAUGUGUUAAUGAGCUUUUGCUCAAUGCGUCAAUUCAUCAUUCAAUUGAAAACUUGCUAGGUUCCUUCGCAAAAAAAAAAUGAAAAAUGUUAAGUUGAGUUAAAAAUCUUACGACCUUUGAACUUAUCUUGUUUUCAAUAAAGUGAAGUGCCAGCUGCACUGAACGAACCGCUCAAAAGAUAAGAAACCCAUAAAUUUGCCUGUUCUUUCUUUGCGUGAUAAAAGACAUAAAAAGACCGAAGAUUUUCCCAAAAAACGCAAAGAUCAAAGAAACAGAAAAGAACUUUCUCAUGAAAAAACUUCAUUUGAAAAACACCUGUACCGCUUUUCCAUGUGUACCUAGACAGUAGUGCGUCAUGAACAAACAUUUAAAGGUGGGUUUCGUUUGAAAGUAAACUGCCUACCCACUCAUUAGAAAGUUGGGAGAUGAAUAAAAAUAUUGCGAUGAUUCAUUGUUGGAAUGUUUACAUUUUUUCAUGGAUUGUUUCCGGCAAAGACAAAAACUUUGGAAAAAAAAAAGAAAUAUACAAGAAAGCGUAGAAAUUUUUGUCAUUGAUUUAAUAUGUCUUUCAUCUAUUAUUGCAGAUAGUUCCCGUUGAAAGUCGGUACAAACGAAGCCGUUGGCAAUGCCACGACUACUACGACCGCGACUUGAGAGAGCCUUUUCUCACUAGAGUUUCCAAGAAAUCAAGCCAUCAACCUCCUCCAGAAAAAACUAGUCAGUCCUUAGCUUAUCAAGCAAUGAUAAAUGCUUCUCCAACCUGCAGCUGUGACGACGACGGUGACCCGAGGAACCAGGUCCUUGUCAGAUUCGCAUUCGUCGUCUUCCAACGGUCCGAUGAGGCUUUUCCCACUUUGUUCAACUAAACCUCCGCCUCCGCCAUCUCCACUUACCAAAGUACAUGUUUUUCCUUAUUUAAUCAAGACGUCAAACUUUUCGUUGACCCACAAGAAAAAGUUAACUAAACGCGUCAUCUUUUGCUGUAAAGGUUGCAUGAUUUGUUACGCUGUUUGAACGUGUUCGCGAGACCCUGAAAAAUCAAAAGUACAUUAACUGGUAUUCAAACUGAAAUGAGAUGUAACGUAAAAAAUCCUCAUGAAAUCAUUGUAUUUUUAUUCGGUCUCAAAUAGCAGUUUGUUUGUGAUUCUCCUUAAUUUUGCUCGGCUGUGGACAGAACCCGAAAGUCAAUUUAAAAAAAGCUUUUUCUUUGAAGUUUUUUUGUUUGUAAGAUUUUUCAGAAUAUCAUGAAAAAAAGAAGUAGGGAAAUUUUAUAGUAAACGAAAACUUGAGAAAUUGAAAAAGCAAAUAUUCAAUUAAUUUCCACAAUUUAUCUUGAGCCACUUUUUCAAAGCUAUGGAACAAAAAAAUCGCUUUGAGCUGUGCGUAAAAACAACGCCAUUAAUUAUCGAGCAUAACAACAUCAGCUGUACGUACAUGUGACAAUAGAGCCAACUCACAAAAACAACGGGACAACAAACUCGGCGAUUACAGGUUGAUCCGACUGUUCGGCCUUCUCCGAAGCCUCCGACGGCCCCCAAAACUUUACCUCCAACGCCGAAGGCUGCUCCUGUAGCGCAGAAGACCGAGUCUGAAGGGUCAACGUCGAAAGAAAUACUGGCUGGUCUCGAAAAGUCACUGACGCACACUUCGGAGACGACCAGGAGAACUAAAAGGUUCCACUUUCAAAGAUACCCGCUCCUUUUUUCUUUCUGAAGAUCUUGACUCCUGCGCUGGGGGUGUUCCCUGCCCUCGGUCUAAGUUGGCAACGGCCAAUUUCUUGUUUGUAAAUGGUCGUCGCAUACCAUUCCUUCUUCUCACGUGGCUCCCCCAUCAGACGCUCAUAAAAGCCGAGUGACUCGCUCACACUCACUGGCCGCUGCGCUCCCGCCGCACACCCGUUUUUUUUAGCCUUAUAUAGUUACGCGACAGUCGGCUGACCUGUACUUUGCUCCGAAAAUGUGGUCAUGCAACGUUAUCGAGUGUCGACAUCUGCCUAGUUAUUCUCCCAGAACUGGAGUUCUGACUCGAGGUUGUUACAGCGUCACGAGCAACCCGCCUUGCCAUGCUUCUUCGGUGGCCAUCGACUCCAAGAUCGAGCAGGCAAUGGUUAGUUUCGCAUUUUUUCUUCCAGUUAUUUUUUCUUGUUUUUUUAUGUUUAAAAACAGAUUGACUUUCUUUUUAUCUCAAGUUUCAUGGAGUUUCGCGAUGGAAAAAUAGCGCCAAUUUUUUUUUUGGUUCGUGACAAAAUUUUUUUCGAGCUUUAAAAUAAUAAUAAAAGCUACAGUUUUAGGAAAAAUAUAAAAAGAAUUUUUUUCAUGAAAAAUAAGUUUAGUUGAAAAAAAUUAUUCGAAUAAAGCUACUAUUGUAUAAACUCUGAAAAAAAUUAUGUAACUUUUUUUGAAACAUGUAUUUUUUUAACUAUAACUCGAAAAAAACUCAAGAUUGAAUACAAAACCUAUCAUUUUCUCCACAAAAAAUUGUGUGUCAAACUUCAGAACUUCCAAACAAACUUUGCUUUCUCCAUUGUUAAAUUAUUGUGCAAACAAGUUUCAUUUCAAGACACGACUGUUUGAGUAAAAAAAUUGAACCAAGAAAUCACAAAAGUUAAAGAGCCGUCACUUUCUUUUUGGCUUCGACUUAGAAAUUGAAAUGAACACGCGGUUUCCAGGAUCUGGUGAAGACUCACUUGAUGUUUGCUGUUCGCGAGGAGGUCGAAUUUUUACGGUGUAAAAUUCAUGAUCUGGAGAGUCAUGUGAGUUUUUUGUUGCUUUGAUUUGAUUUUUUGUGUUCUCUUUGUUUGCUAAUGUCCUCAGCUGACGGAAUUAUUUGCAGGUUCACAAGUUGGAGAUCGAAAACGCGUAUUUGAAGAAAAAUAUCCCGGACGAUGUGCUCAAAAACAUUCCAACAAAUUAUCGACGAUGAAAUCCUUGACGAAUUUCAAAAAACUUGGGUCUUCUACGGUUCUGAGCGGUUUUGCCAAACAUUUUCGCCUUUGUUCCUGUUCGCCUUCCUAGUUUUUCCAAGUUUUUCUUAGAGAAAAAAAUAAUAAUAUUAUUUCGAGAAACAAUAAAAAAAGAUAUCUAAUUGAAAAAAAGGUUAUUAUUCAUCACCAUUUCCCGUUAUUUAUUAACUGAAAAAAACUGCAUUUGUACUUACCUGUCAUUCUUUACUGCAUUUGUUGUAAAAAAGGAUAAAAUUGUACUUGUCAGUGUACUUCCCUUUCAGUUAUGACGUCAUUCCCGAUUCUAAUUUACGUGUUUAGUUUUUCUGGUGUUUAGAGUUUUUCCGGUGAAUAUUCCUAUUGUAUGGCCAUUUGUACAUAAAAGCAUCUGCAAUGAAGAAUUUUUGAAAGAUCGGGAAGCAAAGUAAUUUCCGGCCAACAACCUGAAGCGCUCCUGACGGAAAUGAGUUUCGAGAAAGAAUAAAAGGGCUGUGAAAUCCAGGAUCGGCGGUAUUUUUCGGUCCUCGCCGAUGUGGCGGCUCGCGGUGUUUUUGCUUCUGCUUUUUCAUUCCAAACGGGUCAACGCCGCUCACGUGCAGUACUACGGUCGGUUCUCCUGCAACGUCGACCCCGACGAGUUCUCUUGUCCGCUUGACACCUACGCUUCACUCGCUUUCUACUUUGGUUCGUGGGAAACAAUUUCAAUAAAAAUUUGAAAAGAAUAAUUAUAAUAAUGGCUGUCUUCUCUUUAUUUGUUCACGAUUUAUCAAUAUAGCCGUUUUAUCACACACCCACAAGUCACGAACACUGAUAAGCUCAAGUUUUAUGAAAAAAAAAACUCAAUACUCUAACGGAACAAACUAGUCUGUACUCGUACUUUAUAACCAUGAAACAUUCGAGAAGGGUUCAAAUUCAAAUCGGUUCCAUGGCCGACUUGUAAUUUGUUCGUUUCAAAAACUCAAUUCCCGUCUUAGGCCUUAUCGAUGGCGGAGGAUUGACAACCAAUGGAACUUUUCUCAAUUCCAACACUCGCGUACAGUUUUAUGAUCCGACGAUUGGCGAACAGCCGAUAGAUCCUGAUACAAAGCCUCAAGGACGCUACACCGAGUUGGGCUUUUCCUUGAAAUCAAUGAAUCAAUAAAAACUUAAGAAAAGCUCUUGAUUAUAUUCUCAACGAAAAUGGAAGUGAUACGCUUCUGGCUUUGGUCGGCUAUGAAACGGACUGCAUGCAACUUUCGGCUCUUGCCCAUGCCUACAAUAGGGCGAGCUUGAUGGGAGUGAGUUUUAAGCGUUUCAAAAUGAAAAGUCUCCUGAUUCCUACAAUAACUUCCUUUUAUUGUUUACACAACAUUUUGACCGCAAAUAGAAGAAAACUUUCCACUGUAACACCUGAAGAAACGUGUUUUCUCACUUCGUCAUUCCUGACUCUAUUUUUAUCUCGCGCGUGAUGAACUUGACGUAUAUCGUACAGAAAUGUUCGGACCAAGUUGGAGAGGCCAACAACGCCGACGACGCCUUCGUCCAAUUCUCCAGCACACAGGGGUACAACUAUGAAAUUUGGGAAGAAAAAACUGCUAUUUUAUUUCAGAGCCAAGUAUCGAGCACUGGCCAAAUUUUUCAAAAGCGUUGGUUGGACAAACGUGGCCGUGAUCAACUUCGAAGACGAUUCUCCAGAUGAAAAAACCUAUCAUUCGCAGCUUCUUGACGCACUUUCAGACAACUCUAUCACCGUAAUAUAAAAUGAUUGAACUGAUAAGGAUAGAGAUUCCAGACGAGUUACGUGAAAAAAGGCGGUUUCUCACCAUUCAUCGGAAUGUAUACUGGUGCUGAGAGAAUCACCGACGCUAUACUCCAGUCGCACCUAAAAACGAGAAGUCUUGUAGAGACUACUCUUCUUAUCAAUUAAAAACUUUUUCCAGUUUAUAUUGUAAUUUCGGACAACGGACGAGAUUCCCUCAUUUUUAUGGACUGCAUGGCUACCUUAGGGCUUCUCGAAACGGGAGACUACUUUGUCAUUGUUAUGGGAACAGUUCGAUUCGACGAAGAAUUUUUCUUGUUCGGCUUUGGCAGCAGGCGAGGUUAGUUCAUUUAUCCCAAAUAUUCAGUGAUGUUGGCUUCAGAAACUUUGUCAUACGAUGCUGUGGACCGCACAAUCCCGACGAAUCUAAUCCGCCAAUACUACCGCUCUUUUUUCUACUUCUCAGACGUCGCCAAUCUCGAAAGAUAUUUGCUUAAUCUUUUGAGUGAAAAUCCAGAAUUUUACAGCGUACAAUGAGAAAUGGAUCAAGUUCCAAGCCAGAAUCAACCAAGACGCCGGAAUUCCCCAUUGUCCUCCGCUUUGUGACCGUAAAACUGAUUUGAUAAAAGAUGAUGAUCCGGUAGGCUACUCCGUAUUCAAAUUUCCUUGAAUGAGAAUAUUUCCAGUUCAACCCUUUCAAGUACAACGGAAUGAGUUGGGCGGCUGUUCCAAACGCCUACGACCUCGGCAAACUUCUGUCGGAAACAGUUUCCGUUCAUGGAGCCCAAAUCUUGGAAAACGCCAGCUUGCUGACGAAAACGAUGCGGAAUCGUUCCGUUGAAAGUAAAAUUUGCUCGAGUAAAACAAAGUUCAGAAUACGGUUUUAAAGUGUAAAACUUUUUGUGAAAAAAAUUAGCCACUUUCCGAAAAAAAUUAGUUGUUCAAUUCGAAGUUUGCGGAAAUCUUUUUAAUUCUUUUCAAAAAUAUCUUUCAAGAUGUUUUUUUGAAAUUCUGUUAUUAUCUAAGUCUAUGAGAACCACAUGUGGAGUUUUAUUUUAUGAAUGGUCGUUGAAUACGUCUUUCUUCUCAGGAAAAAAAUAUGAAAUUUUCAAAAAAAGUCAUUUUUCAUUAUUAUGAUUAGUUUGUUUAUGUGGUGUCAUGAUGAAAUUUUGUUAUUUCUGAUCGAUUAAAUUUUUCAGCUCUUCUUGGCUACGUCUCCAAAUUCGAUCAACAUGGAAUCGCCCAACGCGAAUAUUUGCUCUGGUCUGGAGCUCAACCUCUUGCCGGCCUUCCCAUCUACGGUUGGGGCAAGAUCGCAGCAAGAGUAACUCCUGACGGAACUGGAGGCUUUGUUAGUUCCGCAUUUUCCCUCAGAACCACCUUGUCAUCGAUCUCGUUGUGAUAAACUGAAAUAACCGUAUCAGGGAGUCACUUGGGCCAAUCUCACGGAAAUCGGUCUGAUCCGUGGCGAACUGCCGACGUCGUCACCCAAGUGCGGCUUCAACAUGGAAUUGUGUCAAAAAAGUUAUAGUAAGUGUUGCUCCGUUGCCUUUUGUAAAAGUGUCUAUCGUAACGAGCAACCAUUGACCAGGUGGUCUAACAGAAAUCGAAAUAGCAAUCAUUGCGGCGGCGAUCGUGGCAGCGCUCCUGGUUCUCGGCUUCAUCAUCUACAUCCUACGGUAGACUCAGAACUCAAAAUAGAAAUAAUGAGGUGCAGAUGGAUCGCCUACGAACGGAAAUUGGAUUCUUCGUACUUUUUGGUGAAUCGCAAGAACGUCAUGCUGUACGACAUCAGCAAAUUCACAUCGAGUCGCAACGGAAGCAUGAUGCAAAGUGCUCAUAGCGUCCGGGUAAUUAAUGAUUACCUGAAAGCAAUUGUACUAGAACUGUAAUAUUGCUCACAAAAAAAUAAUUUUUUUCAAUAUAAUAGAUAUAUAAAUCCAAAAAAAUAUUUGUUUAGUCAAUGUACGGCCAAGAAAAACACUGCUGGAGGUCCUUCAAUGCAGUUUUACGAACAAGGAAUGAAAGCUGCCUACCGCCGUCGACGGCAAAAACCUCAGAUGGUCAUUUUCCUAUCACAGUUUAAAAAAAAACUUUUCAAAUAAAAAUCACAGGUCAGUCUACCGUCCAAUAAAGAUGACUGGAAAGACAUCUACGACUGGCAUUUGGCCAAGUUCGAAUCUGCACUUGUCACUGUUCGCAAAAUUGAGAAGCCGCAACUAAAACUCACUCGAGAGAUGAAGCUAGAGCUCGAUUUGGUUCCUUGAACAUUUCGUCAUAAAAUUUGACAAAUUUGUUCCAGCUAAUGACCGAGUCGCAUGUCAACCUCAACAAGUUCUACGGGCUUAUCAAUGAAAGCGACUUGAUUUUCACAAUCCAUGAGUAUGGUCCCAGAAAAAGUUUGAGUGUCAGUUUGAAAAAAGACUUCAAGAUGACUUUACAAAUGAUUUUUGUUAAGGAUUUGUUGCGUAACGAAGAUCUGCGUCUUGAUAAAAUUUUCAAAGUUUCAUUUGUUGAGGACGUUUCGAAGGUUUUUACGAAAAAAAUAGCGUUGAGUCUAAUUUUUCCAGGGAAUUCACUAUUUGCACGAAAAAUCAAGGAUCGGAUAUCAUGGAAACUUGAAAAGUACGAAUUGCGUGGUUGACGCCUACUGGAGGAUAAAGCUGAGCAACUUUGGCAUGGAAAAAAUUCGAUCAGACGAACCGUCCCCCAAACCGGAUGGUUUCCUGAAAUUUGUGUCAUUUUUAGGAUCAGAGUUUUAGACAUGUUGUGGUGCUCUCCUGAACUGAUCCGCAGGUUCUGUGUCAAGCACGAUCUUUCGAAAGAAGAACUUCGAAGAUGCGAUGUCUAUUCUUUGGCCAUCGUCCUCUACGAGAUUUACGGCCGGCAAGGGCCCUUUGGAGACGACAUGCUUGAUUCUUCUGGUCUUUUGCAAUCGUCCUUAAGAAUCAAAAGUCCAUAAUUUUAGAGAUCAUCGAGCAGAUAAAAUAUCCAGAAGGUGGUGCAAUCACACGGCCAGACAUUCAUCUUAUAACAAAAUCACCUGCCGUGAUCAUUUCCACUGUCGAAAAGUGAUUGACUGACACUUUCAGCCAUAUCUCUUCUUUUCAGGUGUUGGAAUGAGAACCCAAUGGAACGACCCAGCAUCAAAAAAGUGAGAGAAUGGCUCAAGCCUCUUUCUAAAGGAAUGUAUGCGAAUUGUAUUUUAUUAUUCAGAAGUGGUAUAAUUUUUUUCUAGGAAAGGCAACAUUGCUGAUAACAUCAUGGAGCUGCUGGAUCGUUAUCGUUUCAAUCUGGAAGACGUCAUUCGAGAGAGAACGGAACAACUCGAAGACGAAAAAAGAAGAAAUGAAAAUCUUUUGUUGCAACUUCUCCCGAGGUCGUGAACUUUAAACAUUACCGGUACUAAAACAAUCCAGAUCGGUGGCUUUGAAUCUGAAAAACGGAAAACCUGUGGACGCUGAGUAUUAUGAAGCUGUUUCCAUCUACUUCUCAGAUAUUGUUGGCUUCACAUCUUUAAGUUCUAAAAGUACACCGAUGCAAGUGAGUCAUCAGAUUCUUUGAUUAAAAAAAUGUUCCCAUCAACACAAGCUCAUAACUGAAAACUUCAGAUUGUUGGAAUGUUAAACGAGAUUUACACUAGCUUCGAUACUGUCAUUGACCAGUUUGACUGCUACAAGGUAAAAUUUGUAAAAUUUCCUAUUUAUUUCAAGAAUUUUGAAGAUUGAAACCAUUGGAGAUGCUUAUGUUUUUGUCUCGGGGCUACCAGAAAGAAACGGGGUUUUCCACGCUGGUGAAGUUGCGGGGGCCAGUAUUGAGCUACUUGAGUUCAUCAAAGUGAGACUUCUUUUUUUUCCAAUUUUGAAGAUAAAAUUGUGGGGUUUCAUCGUGAGACAUUGUCCGGAAGAACGACUCAAACUUAGAAUCGGCAUUCAUACCGGCCCAGUAGUCACCGGUGUCGUUGGAAUCCGAAUGCCGAGAUAUUGUCUAUUCGGAGACAGUGUCAUGAUGGCCAACAACAUGGAGAGCAGCGGAGAGGGUUAUGGGCACAUCAGUUUUUGAAAAAAACAAGCUUAAAAAUUUAGCAAUGAAAAUACAAGUAUCCCACGAAGCUCGGGAGCUUCUCGUUCAAUGCGAAGGCUAUGAACUUGAGAUGCGAGGACAAAUCACUUUGAAGGUUCUGUUUUCUUGAUUGCGAUAAAAUACGUUCUAUCGAUGUCAAUUUCAUUUAUUAUCCAUAGAGCACAUGGAAGAAAUGAAAACAAUAUGAAAUCGUAUUUUUUUCAUUUUUUACUCUCUGUCAUUGAUAGUUUAUAAUUCAAUUUCAUGCUUUUUUCUUCGAAAUCGACAUUUUAGAUCAAAUAAAAUCAACUUUUCAGAACAAAUAUGAGACGACGGCGUACUGGCUCCUUGCCUAUUCGCGGGAAAAGAGAAUGGAUCGCCUGGCCAGGAAUCAGCACCAGUAUCCGCAACUCGAGCGAAUUGUGAGCCGAGCCGCAAAAACUCGACGUUAAAUUGAUAGUUUCUUGUCAGUAAAUCCUGCAACUGUUGCUUACUCUACAUAACCGAUUGAUUGAUCUUGGCAACACACAAACAAUCUUUCUGUUGGUUGCAGCUCGGUUCACGGAAACGUUUGGAAAGACCAGAAAAACAACAAAUGUUUCAGUAUUACUGAGAGAACAAGUUGAAAACAGCUCGAAACUGUGAAAUUCUCUGUGGCAAGAUGAAUUCGACGGAAAGAUCAUGAAAUACAAUCCAUUGCUAAUUUUUUUCUCUGAAAAUAUUUUUUUAAGUUAAAAAGAAAGUUUACUAUUGUGCAAAGAAAUCUUGACCGUUUUCACUUUCAUUAUUUCUUAGCCAAAAUUAAUAAGACCAAAACUUUUUUUUAUUAGCGUUUUCUGAUAUUCAUAGAGACGAAACAUUAGUUGCGCGCCGUAGCGCAACUGGUUGGGUGCCUGUCUACGGUCCAGAGGGUCACAAGUUUGACUUCCGCCUCGAUCCAACCAAGGGGCUCAAGAAAUGUUGGUAGUGGCUUCAAAAUCCCCAGCUGUCACACACCACGACGGAUAUGUCACUGGAGCCUGUCCAUUGAUAUCAGAAUAGGACCACGGCUAGUCGGCGCUCAAGCGGUAAAAAGGCGUAAGAAGAAGAAGAAGAAGAGAGAAAAAAUAUUCAGAGCUGAAAAUUAAAGUUUGAGUUUCUACUAAAAAAAACCCCCCAUUUUCUACUUUUACAUUUAAAAGAGAAAGAAAUACGAAAAACUUCUAAAGUAAAAAAAUAUUUCCAAUUUUUACCAGUGUCCAAGUCCUCAACCUAUCAAUGAAUGCAAAAUAGUGCAAAAAGAAACGAGCGAAAAAAAAAACAGACGAAGGUUGACGCGACGCUUCGGUUUUCAGGUAUCUGGUUGCAUAUCUUGAAACGUCGUCUUUUUCCCACGACUCAUCCAUCAAAAUCUCAUAAACAGACAAAUUUUUCGGUCUCGAACCAUAGAAUGGGUUGAAACGAGAGGAUGUGGAAGACGAAAAGCAAAGGAAACGCCGGCAGCUGUCUUCCUCGUCAUUCGACCAUGCAAUCGCUCCGCCAUCAACUCGCCAUUUUCAGGGCCAGGUUUUCUUCCUUGUUCUCAACCUUUUUAUAAGAUCAUUUCAAGUCCGUUGAGGUCCUGCGAAAACAGAAAAGAUGAGAAGUCAUCUUCACCAGACCGCAAGUGAGUUUUGCGAGCUUUGACCCCAAAAAAACAGCAUUUUCUCAAGAGUUUCAGACAACGAAGUCCUGUCAAGACGAGCACCCAAAGACUUUUCGUCAAGAGAAAAAAUGGAUCCGCUGAAUGCUUGGCCGAAACCAGAAUUGAGAAAAAGUCAAGGUACUUUUUUGAGUCGAGUUGGUGCUUUUUCUAAUUGUUGUUUUCAGUUGUCGCGAAAAGACACAGAAAAGUAUUAUCGUAGCUUCCCCGAAAUUCCAUUCACCUGAACGCGUUCAGAAAACUUUCAAAGAACCUCCUCAAAAGGUUUUUGAGUGCAUUUAAUUUAUAUUCGGAAACAUUUUGAGAUCAAAACUAUUCGUACCAGCUGGAACUAUUCUCCGGCCAAAGUUCACCAUCCCACAAGCGAACCUGGACCUUCUACAACUUUUUUCAAAGAAGGCUCUCGUUUAAAUCAAGAACCAUUUUUGGAUAUUCUGAACUUUGUGCCAGCCGAUGACGUCAUAGAAAAAAUGUUUGAGCCGCUCAGAGCGUCCCUGGCGACUUCGAUGGAUCAGCUGCUAGACUCUUCGCCAGGUUAUUUCUAUAUCUUAUUAUUUUCAUCCUGAUUUUUUUUCUAAUACAUUGACUGAUUUAGAAAAACCAAAAAAUUUGAAUCACACACCCUCCGUUAGGCUGCAACAAUGGAAGUCCCAACUUCGUGACGGGGUCAAAACAAGAGAUCAUAGUGCUCCUCCUGUACAGAGGUGAGACUCUUAAUUGUGAAUCAUUUUUUUGGAAUCGUUGUUUUUCAGACUAACUAUGAAACCUAGAAAUUCGCAAAGCACGCAGACAAACCUCGGCGUCCCGAAUAGCAGUCCGAGAUUUUUGCAUACUACUCAGUCAGCCCAAAAUGCAAUGUGAGUUUUCCAAGUUUUUUUUUUGCCGUUUUCAGAUAUUUCCGAAUUUUAUCAAAGAACGUGUAGUAAAAAAAAAUAGACAACACUAAUUCAUUUCAAUAUUGUUCUACUGAAGAAGGCUUUUCCGCUUAUUCUAAAAAUGUUCAAAGCUUUUCAAAAUGCACUAUCGUAAAUUCUUGGAGCGAAGCCCAAUUUCAAAAUGCAGCCAUGUUUGAGCGGAUUUGACGGACUGCGAUUAACUGACGGUUCGGGUUGGGUUGACCUUCAUCAAAUACACGCAAUAUCAUCGUUCCUGCGGUUGUAUAGUUUACGGCGGUUCUCAAAACUUUUUCUACUUUUCCAUAUAUCAUUUUUUUUGAACAAAUAAUUGUGUUCAUUUUUCAUACAAUUUUGAGAUGUUUGAGGUUUAGAGAAGGAACGGCAAUGGAGCAUCGGACGCUGAGAGACAUUUCGACGAAGGCCCGAUCCGGAACUUGGCAGCCGGUUAUUUGUAAAUUUUAUUUCGUUAUUUUUAUGUCGUUGAAGUGAAAAUGAUUGGCGUGUCAAAAAUGACUGCGUCAGAAAAAUUGAAUGAGUCUGGAAGGAAAUUUUUAACCCACUCUACAAUAGUAUUAUAACUUGCAAGAUUAUCAAAUGAUUCAUGAUUUUGAAAAUUUUUUUCAAAUCUUUCGAUGAUUAUUUUUUUCCGAAAGAUAAUAAAAUGUGAGAUACAAGCCAUUCUUGACCUUUUUGAAUAAUUCAUGUAUCGCGUGAAACAUUGUCAUUUGAAAAGCUAAAAAGGCCUCGAAAGAUUUUUAAUAACCCGUCUUUUUUGACUUACAUGUGUCGAAUUUUUUAUUCGUAGAUUCCAUCCUUGAUUUCAACUUUUUCCAUCAUGGACAUUGGUCACUUCAAAAUCAUCAGAAGGUCCAAAUACCUAUUGUUCUUCAAACAAUUGUUCCCAAAACCAAGGCCGGCGAUUCCAAAUUUUCACAUUGCCACAUGUCUCUAAUUACCUUUGCCGCUUUACGACGCGACUUCCGUUCCCAUCUCGCACUUUUUUGCAGCCAACGACGCUUUGAUGGGUCAAAAAACGCCUGUGGAAUUCUUGUCAUCUCCGAAAAUGUACCAACACGUGAGUGUUCUACAAAUUAGAUCAGAGUUCGAAAAAGGAACAAAUUGAAGCCUUCAGGAAUCAAAUGUGAUUCGACCUGUCGCUUACCGACCCCGCGUACCUGUCCCAAGCCAUUGUGAAGGCAACCGUCUCUCCUUGCGUCGGUUUGUUUUAAGGUUAAUUCGCGAGGUCAAGCAGUACUUUCAGACCUGACCCGGUUUAUGCCAAUGCCAAUGACACAAUUGCAAAUCUUUCGGAUAUUCUUUCCACUUAUCAAAGUAAGUAGAUCUAACAAGGAGAGUCUUUGUAUAAUAACAUUCUAAUUUUUAUAGAACAUUUCAAAAAAACUGAGUGAAAUGGUUUGAUUGUUUCUUUUGCACAACGGCAACGAACAGCGGAAAGAAUUUUUAAGUAGGAAAAAAAUAUGACUUUAUGUAUAGCUUCCGUUUGCAUCUUUUUAUCUUAAAGACUCAUUUUUUUAAACCUCACAAAAACGUCAGAAAAAAAGAUUAACGCAUUCCGGAAAUUUGAAUAUCUUUUCUAGCCAUUUUUAAAAUUCUCUCUGAAAAAAAAAGUCUUUGAAAGCAGAUUUAGUUCCUCUGUGUACUUGAGCAAACAACUCUGAAUUGUUCUUUCAGUAGUGGAAAAGGACCCUGAAAUGAACUUCUCAAUGCGGUCCAACCACAGCACAGCUUCCAACGGUCCAGCGGAUCAAGUCGAAAACGGCUUCUAAUGCGAUUAAUGAUUUUUUGACAUCUCAGGCAGCGGCGCACAAAUCGUUAUUGACAACGAUGUCGUCCUCCUCUUCGGGGAUCCAUGUCACUCCGUCGCCGAGCGAUUCAGGAAUCAUCGAGUAUGAGGUACGCCUUUUUUAUCAGCCGCUGAUGACCAAGAAAACUACUGUAGAACGUGAUUCGCGAGAAGGAACUUGAGCUGCGCGAAAUACGAUCGACAAUGGAACACAACGAAGAGAUUAUAAUCAAAGUAUAUUCGCUUUCAUUCCGCUUUGACACGCAACCCACCGUUUUUCAAGGUCUACCAGGAAAAGGAGAAGACGUGGAAGAAAGAGUUGGAAGCUCUGAGAAGUCGUCUGAGUGCAGCGGAGACUGGAGAAUCAGUUCUAAGAGAGCAGCUUGCAAAUUGUCAACGCCAGAAUAUGAGCAUGUCUGAGAGCUUGAAGACGUUACAGGAUGACAAGCUUGCGCUUCUGAAAAAAGUGAGAACCAAACAAUUUUUCCGAAAUGUUUUGGAAACCAGAAGUUAACGUUUCCCUUUGAGCGAUUUUUUUCUAUCGUUUCCCUUUGAGCGAUCCAUUCGUAGCUUUUGUCACCACGCCAGGGUAUGAACAUAUCUGAAAUCUCGAAAAAGUUGAUAGAAUCCGUGAGAUCAAAAAAUGAUUCAUUUUACUCAAAUAGAGGGAGUUUGACACUUAAAAAAAAGGACAAAACUAACCGGAAAAACCGGUCCUCAAAAAAAAUCAAAGUGUAAGUAAACUUCAAAAAGAAGUUGAGUGUGGGAAUGAAAAGGAGAACCUUUUUUUUCUGAAAUCUAAAAAAUGAUUUAAAAAAUCAGAGAAGGAAAGACAGUUUGUUGCUCAUCUUUUUAUACCUUCUUAUCUUGAUUUUUGUGCUGUUUGCUAGUUACUCAAAAAAGCCACAUUGAAUAUGCUUUUAAAUCAAAAACAAACUUGUCGGAAUUGCUUCUCCAGACAGAGGAAAAAGAAUGAUGAAUGAUACUUUUUUGUGACCUUUUAUAAAGAUGACUUUUUUGUGAGCUCUGAACGUUUUCAAUCCAUUCGAAACGAUUUCAGUGUAUGAAGCUCGAGCGAGACAUCGAAAUGUUGAAAAGGAACGGCUGCGCGGGCUGCAGCUCCAAAAACAGUGCGUCUUUGUCGGUAGGCCGAAACCACACCCAAACUGGAGAUUACCCAGUCAGAAUGCAGGACAAGGACAAGGAUUUACGACGUGAAGUGAGCGAGUUGCGGCAAGAGGUCGCCAAGCUGAAACGGGCCGUCGAUGGCGCAAUUAUCAAGGACUAG